UUUUGAAUUGCAGCAUAUAUACGACUUUCACAUGCCAUCCAGAAAUGAAUAUGUCGAUUUACAAAUAUUUAUGGAUAGUGACAUUAAUUAAAAUUUUGAAGAUAGCACAAUCAGAUCAUGCUGUACCGCUCAUGUUGCUAAAGCGAGGGAGCGGAAACACGUUCAGUGGCCUAUGGAACGGCGACCCCUUCAAUGCCCCCGCACUGAACCUGAGCUACUGGAGCCCUACUGACCUGUACAGUACCGGGGAGUUCAGAAUGAGCAUUGACUCCUCUUGGGGACCAUUUGAGGAGUUCACAGUGACGGGUUUCAACGAGCUGGACGAUCCUUUGGCUGAAAUUGCUUUCGACGUGACCGGAUAUGACAUCACUAACACAAGCUGGCUCUCGGCUCCCGUGGUAUACACCGAACCGGUAGCAGAAGGGCUAGGCGCUGUGAAUGUUUUUCUGUCGUAA